UCCUGUCGCCUCGAUCCUGAAACUCAGACGGGCGACGAGACGGAGCGAGUCUGCAACGGUCUGAGCAGCAAAGAAAUAUUGACUCUGAAAGAGCUGGGAUCAGGAGGGCUUCAGGGUGAUUUCAGCAUGAAAGUGAUGAAAGCGUUUCUGUGAGGAACCAAGAAAAGAGGAAGAGGAAGGGCAGGAGGACGGAGAGGUGAUGGACGUGGCGGAUGACGGCGGCAGUGCAGUCACACUCACAACCGCUGCUUUGUGCCACUCGGCGUAUCCGGUGCGGCGCACAGAGGAAGUGCUUCUGCCUGCCUUCACAGACGAAAGCCAGCAGGCCGCCAUGGACGCCCGGCGGCCCCCGGCCUCCCUCAGCCCCCCCGCCGGGCCGGCGGAGCUCAGGCUGGUCCUUCUGGGCAGGAAGGGAGCCGGCAAGAGCGCGGCGGGCAACACCAUCCUGGGCGGGGCGGGCGGCUUCGAGAGCGGGAGGCCCACCGAGGAGUGCGUGAAGAGGCGGGCGGAGGUGGGGGUCCGGAGGGUGACGGUGGUGGACACCCCCGGCUGGGAGUGGUACUACCCGCUCAACAGAACCCCCAACUGGGUGCGCAGGGAGACGCUGCGUAGUGUGACGCUGUGCCCGCCCGGGCCGCACGCCGUGCUGCUGGUGGUACGGUCCUGCGCCUCCGUGACGGACGCCUACGUCGGGGAGAUGGAGGAGCACCUGCGGCCUCUGGGGGGCCAGGUGUGGGAGCACGCCAUGGUGCUGUUCACCAGGGGGGACGAGCUGGGCCUGACCACCAUGGAGCAGCGCAUCCUCGGCAGCGGCGCCGCGCUGCGCCGGCUCCUCCGGAAGUGCGGGAACAGGUACCACGUGUUGAACAACCGCAGCCGAGGAGACGGGGCGCAGGUGACGGAGCUGCUCCGGAAGCUGGAGGAGAUGGAGGACGGGCUCGGUCACCUGGAGGUGGACGGCGCCGUCCUGACGGGCCUGGAGGCCGACGGGAAGAGGAGGGCCAGGGAGAGGAGGAAGAAGCAGAGGCAGAUGGAGGCGCACAUGCAGAGAGGAACCAUCAAAGCUGCUCUGAUGAGCGAGGGUCCUCAGGGCUCGGAGCUGGACGCCCACCAGUCCUUCUCCAAAGCCCCCCACCGGCUGCCCGAGAUCAGGCUGGUUCUCCUGGGCGAGCGUGAAACCGGGAAGAGUUCCGCCGGGAACACCAUCCUGGGCAAGGCGGGCCUCUUCGCGGCGGGAGCAGUGACGGAGGAGUGUGUCCGCCAGCAGCGGGAGGUGUCCAUGCGGCUGGUGACGGUGGUGGACACCCCGGGCUGGGAGGCGGGGGUGGCGGGGGCCACGCCCGAGCGGGUGAAGCGGGAGAUCGCGUGCAGCGUGGCCCUGUGUCCCCCGGGACCGCACGCCCUCCUGCUGACCCUGCGGGUGGACACGCUGGUGAGGGCGGAGCACGUCCGGGAGCACCUAGAGCUGCUGGGGGAGGGCGUGUGGAGGCACACCGUGCUGCUCUUCACCCACGGCGACCAGCUCCGGCAGGGCGUGGACAUCGAGCGCCACAUCCAGGGCGGGGGCAGGGACCUGCAGUGGCUGCUGGAGAAGUGCCGGCGCCGGUAUCACGUCAUCAGCAGCGCCGGCGGAGCGGACGCCCGGAAGGUGACAGAGCUCCUGGAGAAAGUGGAAAAGAUGGCGAGCAUGAACCGCUGCGAGGCGUUCUCCGGUCUGGUUCAGGAAGUCCGGGACCUGAGCCGCCAGCGCAACGAGAAGUUCAACCAGCGCCUGAAGGAGAUGGCGGAGAAGAUGAGCCGCCAGGAAGCAGAGCUGAGGAACGUGAGGGAGAGGGAAAUGAAGAGCAUCCGCUGGUUCUUCGACAGGAAGAAGAAGGUGAAGUCACCCGGUAAAACUGAUGUUCAGCAGGAGGAGGAGGACGAUGAGGACCGAAGGGCCGGGGAGAGAAAGAGCGACAUCGGGGACCUGGAGGAGAGGAUACGGUGGCUGACAGAGGACAGAGAGAGGGAGAUUCAAGACCUGAGCCUGGAGAACGAGAGGAUCAGAGUCGCUCUGAACCAGAGUCGGAGAGAAAGCGACGAGGCGGCGCUGAACCUGGAGCUGAAGGACAGAGAGCUCGAGGAGCUGAGGGAGCGAAGUGACGAGCAACAGCUGAAGCUGCUCGACCUCGAGCGCAGCGCCGUGGAGAAGGAACACGAGAGAAGGCAGAGGGAGGAAGACGUCAGAGCGCAGACACGAGAAUGGAGGAAGGAACUAGAGAGGCGAGAGGAAACUAUCAACAUGCUGAAAGAAGAGAAAACCGAGUGGACUGAAAAUCUCCAUUCCUUAAGAGCAGAAAUGGAGCAGACUGAAAAACACUGCGAUGAGUUACUGAGGAGGAAAGUAGAGGAGAAAAACAAGGAAAUUACAGAUAUGGAAGAAAAACUUAAAACAGAGAUGGAGAGAAAGAUGCAAGAGAAAGAGCUGGAAAUAAAAGAAGUGAGGUUAAAGCAUCAGGGAGAGAUGGACAGAAAAAUAAGUGAGAUGGAAAAAAGGAUGGAGAGCUUGAAAGUGCAACAACAAGAAGAAAUUCAGAAGAUAAAGACGGAAAAUGUUGAUUUUAUGGAGCAGAUCAAACAGAAGCAUGUUGAGAAAAUAAAAGACGUCCAGCAAGAAAAGCUGAAGCAAAUCGCAGAACUGGAAGAGAGGUUUCAACAAGACCGAGAGGAACACAUGCAGGCGAAACACCAGGAGAUCGAAGAGUUAAAACAACAACACUUCUUCGAAAUGCAAGAAAACAUUUUGGAAAAUGAAGAGGAAAUCAAAAAGAUUGAUCUAAACCAUGAAAAAGACAUGAAGCAACAGGUGGAAGAGACAGAAAAGCAGAUUCAGGCCUUAACAAAGCAGCACGUAGAAGAGAUGACAAGAAUGAAUGAACUGUUGAAACUGGUGGAGACGAAGACGGCAGAGCUGCAGGAAGAAGCAGAGAGAAACAUGAAACAAAAAGAGGAGGAUUCAGAGAGAAUGAGGCAGCAGUACCUGCUAGAGAGCGACGAGCUCAAACAAAAACUCGCAGAAGAAAUGGAGAAACAAUCACAGGACAGACAACAGCUGAUCAGAGACUUUGAGCAAAAACACGCAGAAGAGAUGGAGAAGAUAAACCUGGAGAAUUCAAAAGAGAAAGAAAUGCUGAACGCCAGUCAUCACAAGGUUAUUCUGCAAGAAACCGAGAAGUUAAAAAGCCAACUCCAGAAAAUAAUUGGAGAAAGUGAAAAGGAGAAAGAGAAAUACGAGGAAGUGAUUCAGCAAUCGGUGAAGGAGAAGGAGAGAGAGAUUGAGGAAAUGAAGCUCAGAAUUAAAGAAAUAACGCAACAAAGGGAAGAAAGUGAAAAGGACAUCAUAAAUAGCAAAAAUGCAAUCGAGCAAAAGCUGCAGGCGAGAAAAAAAGAAGUGGAGGAGAUGAGAUUAAAAGUCGAAGGACUGAAGGAGAAGCUGCAGCAAAAGGAGGAAAAAGAGCUCGAUUGUUUGAGCGGCAAAAGAGACGUGGAGGAAAAACUGCAGGAACAAGAGCGAGAACUCCAACGUUUGAAAGAACUGGAAGAGAAAAGAGAAAGAGACCGCCUACAACACACAAAACAGACGGAGCAAGCACUGAAAGAUAAAGAGCGAGUGAUUGAAGAGUUACAGAAACAUGUGAGGGAUAAAGAUGAAGCUCUGCGGAGGAAAGAGGAAGAACGAGUCGAAAUCGUGCUGAACCAAAGAAAAGAGGCCGAUCAACAAGUGCAGGACAGAGACAGAGAGAUGGAGGAGCUGAAACGGCUGCUUCUCAACGACAUGGAGGCCAAACUGAAAGACAAGGAAGCUGAGGCUGAAGCCGUGAAACAGCAGGCCGAGUUCAGGGAGGCGCGAUGGAGGGAGGAGCAGAAGAAGAAGGAGGAGCGAGCGGCGGAGGAGAUCAACAAGCUGAUGGAAAUACUGAACAAGAGCAACAAAGAAGUAACACAAGCACAGAGUCUGCUCGCACAGAAGGAAACUGAGAUCGAAGAGCAUCUGAAAGAAAUAGCAGAGAUGAAGGAAGAACUGCGAGAGAAAGACGAAGAGCUGCAGCGACUGAGGCAGCGAGACGCCGAGAACAACCAGGAGGUCGCGCAACUAAAGCUAACCAUCGAGAUGACCAGGUCAGAGCUGAAGGAGCUCACCGAUAAGAUGGAGAAGGAGACCAGCAGCAUGAUUCAGGAGUACGAAAAGGAGAUUGCAAAACGGAACGAGAGCAUCGAGUUAAUCAUGAAGGAAACGGACGAAGCAGUGCGUCGCGCGGAAGACGAAAACCGGCAACGAAUUCGGGUUGUGACGGAAAAGUUCGAGCAAAGUCAGAGAAGAAAUGAGGAGCUGCAAGAGCAACACGAGAACCUGAAGAAAGAGAUGGAGAGUCUCAAAAAUAAAUGUGAAGAGGUGAGGAAGGAGAGAGAGAAAGAUCUGGAGGUGAAGGUGUUGAAGGAAACCAAAGACGAGCCACAAGCAGAGAUAGAAAGGCUUCAGAAGAGAGAAAAUGAGAUCAGGGAGAGAGCAGAGGAUGAGGAGCAAUUCUCCAAGAGAGAAAAGGAAAUGGAAGAAAGGGAAGAAGUUCUGAGGAGAAGUGGAGAAGAGUUGAGCAGGAGAGGUCAGGACCUUGAGGCAAAACAGGAAGAGCUGCGCAAAAAAGGACUGAUGUUGGCAAGUCGGGAAGAGGAAGUUGAAAAACUCCGGGUGAACCUGGAGAUAAGACAACAAGAGCUGCGAGAGAAAGAACAAACCUCUCAAAGGAGAGGGGAAGAAGUGUACGGGCAGGAUAAGAACUCAGAGAAAGAGGAUGAAAAGAGGGCAGAAGCCAUCCUGAAAGAGAAAGAUCUGCAGAUGAAGACGUUGACAGAAACCGAUGACGAGCAACAAGCUGAGACAGGAAGGUUCAAUGAGGCAGACUGUGAGAUGGAGAGAAGCCACAACCACAGCAAAGAGAGGGUGAACGGUGAAGAAAUAAACGAAGAAUCCUCAAAAAGGGAAAAGAGAGCACAAGACAGAGAAGAAGCUGUCCGAGAGUUGAGCAAAAGAGGACAUGACCUUGAUGCAAAACAGGAAGAGCUGCGCGAAAAAGGCCUGAUGUUGGAAAGUAAGGAGGAAGAGCUCAGAAAACUGGAAGCGAGCCUGGAGAGAAGGCAACAAGAGCUGCAGGAAAGAGAGAAAUCCAACAGAGACGCAGCCCUGAAAGCGAGGAACGUUGAGAAGAUGGAGAGAGAGCUGGAGGGUUUGCUUCACGCUCUGGAGGGCAAACAGAGAGAACUGAGCUCCCACGGCCAAGACCUGCAGAUGAAGGUCAAGGGACUGAAGGACCAGGGGCGCGAACUGAAAGACCGAGAGUUCCAUCUGAGAAACGAGGAGCAGGAGCUGAUCAACUGGAAGUCGGAGCUGCUGGUGCAGGAUCAACACGUGAGCUGGACGACGCAGCAGCUGGACGGAAUGGGCCGAGAGCUGGCGCUGCUGAAGGACGAGCUCCGCGGCAAGGAGCAGAACCUCAAGGCCUUCUUCAGGAAGCUCAGCCUCUGGGAGCAGAGUCUCAAAGACCGGGAGGAAGAGCUGUCCAGAGCUAACCUGGCAAACGGACAUCUUGAGACCGACGACGACGGCGUGGAAGAGAAGGGUCGCCUCGGCGCAACGGCCGCCGCCGAGCGAUCGGGAGACGGUUCGCCUCUGAUGUACCAGGAGGUCAGCGGGAGGAGGGAACAGGGCAGAGGACCGGGUUCAGAGAGAGGCGAAAGAGCAAAGGAGAGGGAGGAUCAGAGGAGGAGCAGCAACUGUCAGCUCGAGACGCCGGAAGGAAACCAGGCGAGGAGGAGGAGGAAGAGGAAGGCAGGAGAGGAAGAAGGAAAUACGAAGGUGACGCCGGAUUUCAAGCUCCUAUCUGGAAGUCUGAACGACAAAGACUGGGCCGGGUCGGACAUGAGGGUGCUGGUUCUGGGGGAGACGUGGUCCUCUCGCUCGCCGGGCGGAGUGACCAUCUUCGGAGGGGACGCGUCGGAACCCGACGGCGCCACCUUCAGGUUCUGGAGGGGGGAAGUGGAGGGGAGACGCCUUGCCGUCGCAGAGCCCAUCGGUCUGAGGUGGCGAGACGGACCCGAUCCGGACCGGUCCGGGUGGCAGAGCGUGGCGGACGGCGCCGCCCGGUGUCGGCCCGGUCCGCACGUCGUCCUGCUGCUCAUGCCGGCCUUCCUGACGUGCACGGCCAAGAUGAGGAGGGCGGCGGAGGAACACGUGAACCUGCUCGGCGACGAGGCGUGGCGGCGAGCGCUGGUGCUGUUCACCUGGGCGGAGGUCUUAGGAGAGAGCGCCGGGCAGCACAUCCUGAGGAACACGGAGCUGACGGAGCUGGUGGAGAAGUGUGGCGGCAGGUAUCAUGUGGUCACCAGCAGGAAGAACAGCUCCGCCAUCAGGAGUUUAGUGGACAAGAUGGAGGAAAUGGCAGCUCUGGACCGUCAGGAGCAAAACUCAUCAAACUGUGAUCAGACUGAAUGAAUCUGUGAUGGAAAAGAUUUUCCUUGAUUUUUAGUUGGAAUGUUUGAAUAAACAAUGUCUAACUAUCAUUUCUGAUCAGUUUGGUUCUUACUGCACAUUUACAUCAGAACAACAGAAAUGUUUAACUUCAAUUCAAACAGUGGAACCUCGACAGAUUUUGGAUUUAUUAUCCAUAAAUGUAAACAUUUAAAGCUUUUUUUUUCUUUUAUUAU